AUGGCGAGCCCCCAACAUGGCGAGGACGGCCGCGUCGACCCAAACUUAGUGGACUUUGACGACUAUGGCGAGGCGGACCCGCAAGGCGCUGUGGACGCAGGAGGCGGAGGAGGCAACGACAACGAUCCCGGUAACGGUAACGAUAACGACGACGACGCGUACUACGAUGCGCGGCUCUUCGAAGACGAGGAGCCCGACGAUCGCGGCGGCAGGCGCCUCGUGAAAAAAGGCGGCGCCGGGGGGAGGGAGGACGAGGAGGAGCGAUGGGAAGAGGACGAGGGCGGAGAAGGAGUGGCGGGAGCGGACCCGUGGGACCGGAGGGAUAGGGGGAAAGGGGGGAAACGGAAGAAGGGCAAGGAGGGGCGGAAAUCGGGGGGGAGGCUGACAAAGCCGAUUCCCACCAACCCCCCUUUUUUCCGUUCCCCCCUCUCUCUCCCCCCUCUCCCUCCCCGUUCCUCUCCCCCUGCUUUUCCCCCGCGCGCGUGGCAUCAGGAGGACGUGGAGGGCGCGCGCACGGGCGAGGACGACGCGUUCAUCGAUGACGCGGGCGUGCACCCGGACGACAGGCACGCCAUGGGGUACGACGAGUACGACGACCAGCGCCUCUCGCACGCGCCGCAGGCGGAGGAGGAGGACGAGGUGGGGCGGCUGUUCAAGGGCGGGAAGAAGCGGCGCAACGAGAUGAGUGACGGCGAGAAGGCGCUGUUUGUGGAGGAGUUCCACGCCAAGAUGCUCAAGGCCGCGGAGGACGACGCCACCGCCAACCGCCAGCACCGCCCCGCUAUCAACAAGCUGCGCAUGCUGCCGGAGAUGCUCAACACUCUCAGGAAGAAGCACCUACAGCGCGAGUUCCUAGACCGUGGGGUUUUCUCGUAUCUCAAGAACUGGCUCGAGCCCUUGCCGGACCUGUCUCUGCCGAACAUCAAGAUCCGCACCAGCAUUCUGGAGCUCGUGAAAGAGCUACCAAUCGACGUGGGAGGUAGUCCGGAAAGGAGGAGACAGCUUAAGGAGAGUGGGCUGGGCCGGGUGGUGAUGUUUCUGUCCAAGCUCCCAGAAGAGACGGUGCAGAACAGAAAGCUGGCGAGGGACCUGGUCGACAUGUGGUCACGGCCCAUAUUUGAGAAGAGCACACAUUACCGUGACUUGAGAGACGACUAUGACCGCCCUACACGCCCUCCACCUUCACAGAGGGAAGAUGCGUCAGCACAUGAGUCAUCGCACUCGCGGCCUGACGACCUAGAUCUAGACAACGCCGGGGAGGCGAAGGGAGAGGCGGAGGAGGGGGCGGGGAAGAAGCGGGUGAUGACGCGCGUGCCACAGCCCAUGGCCAUGGACUUCAGAGUGCGCCCCGAGUCCAAGGUCACCGAGGAGAUGCUGGCUCGGCGUGGGCAGAAGGACGCCAGACACCAGAGCGUGAGUGUUCUUGAGGGGGGUGGGGAGGAAGGGGGAGUGGGAAUGGAUGGAGUGCGCGCGUGCGCGUGA